AUGGACCUACAUAAGCAGUGGGAGAACACAGAGACUAACUGGCGCAAGGAAAAGAUGGAGUUACUGGACCAGUUUGACAAUGAAAGAAAGGAAUGGGAAAGUCAAUGGAAGAUCAUGCAGAAGAAGAUAGAAGAGCUCUGCCAUGAAGUAAAGCUUCGGAGGAAAAUCAACAUGAGUGAACGUGCGAUUAUUGAUGUUGAUUGUGAAAAGGCCAUUCAAGACAAAAUGAUGGAAUCUUCUCCAAAUUAUCCCAAUUCAAGACAAUGUGAAUUUACAGGGAUGAAUCACAGGGAUGGUCUGGGGGAAAAAGGUAAAACAGAGCAGAGCUUACUCAGUGAAAGAAAUCAAAUGUGUAAGGAACAAAAAACAAUCAAAAAAUCAAAAGUAGGGUUAAUGGAUUCUAUGGCCACAGACAACCAAAAGGAAUGUAAGACCCCGCCUGACCUGAGGGCUUCUGAGGAAGAGAACAAGAGCUGCUCUGGUGCCCUCAACACAGCUCUUGAAGAACUUGCCAAAGUUAGUGAAGAACUAUGCAGCUUUCAAGAGGAAAUUCGAAAGCGUUCUAACCACAGAAGGUAGAAAAGCUCAAAAUUCUUAGCCCGCGUACCGCAUGUAACUAAUAUGCCUUAUGGAGAUCACAUGAUUAACAACAACCAGUGCAUUACUCCAACCAGUUUAGAAAAAAAAAAGAAAAAUAGAAAGAAUCUGAGCUGUACUGAUGUUUUCCAAAACAAUUCUAAGAAAAAAGGUGGAAUUGAUAAAACUGAUCUGCAAAGAAGUGAAACCCCACCAGUUCCUCCUCCAAGAAGUACAUCUCGAAAUUUUCCCAGCUCAUGUUCUGCACAAGCCCAUGAAAGUUUGAAGGAAAGUUCAGACCACAAUGGCUGGGUGGCCCAAGGAGGUCAAGGCGAAAAGAACUGCAACCCUCAUUUCCUCUGGAGGCACGACGAGAUGCCUACGCCAUGUCUAAAUGAAAGGAAGACUUUGAAAGAUAUUAUCACAUUUUCUUCUUUGGCACCAGAAACCAAAAUAGAUAAAAAGCCUUCAUGUAAUGAAAAUGUUGGACUUAACACGUGGUCAUGCGACACUGGGAUUGGUGCAAAAAACAGCCCCUCUACACCAUGGUUUCAGAAAACCUGCUCUAUUCCCAAUAAGCCAAAAUAUGAAAAGGUGAUUCCAGAUCACCCUGCUAAAUCUCAUCCUGAUCUUCACAAAAGCAAUGUCUGUAGCUCCUUGGUGACACAGAGCAGCGGCCCACUGAGAAGUUUCAGUUGUGGCUUUGAAAGGACUACUAGGAAUGAAAAGCUGGCAGCAAAGACUGAUGAAUUUAACAGAAUCGUAUUUAGAACAAAUAGAAAUUGUCAUGCAGUACAGCAAAGUCAAAGCUACUCAGAACCAUCUGAAGAUCUUCAGCCCUGUGAUACUUUAAUUUCUUGCACAGGUAACAUCUCAGAAAGUGACAGUGUUUCUGACAUUCUGAAAACCAGUGCCCCCAUGCCUGUGCCCAGGGAAAAUGUGCAUGAUAAUUCCACCAAAAAACCCACAACAGGCCUAUUCAGACAAAUGCAGGAACACAUAAGCCCUAGCAGUUACCGGAAUAUGCUCCACGAGCAUGACUGGAGACCAAGUAAUUUGUCUGGCCGACCAAGGUCAGCUGAUCCCAGGUCAAAUUAUGGUGUGGUGGAAAAGCUGCUGAAAACCUAUGAUACAUCAGCAGGGUCCGCAUUGCAAAAUUCUAAAUGCUUCCAGGCUAAUUGGACCAAGUGUAAUUCUGAUGUCAGUGGUGGAGCCACAUUAAGUCAGCAUUUUAAAAAGCUCCAAAUAGAACAAGAGCUUCAGCAAAAGCCAGCUAUGUGUGGAGCACAGCAAGUGAAGCAAGGAGCAGAUCGGAAAAAGGUAACUGAGGAAUCCGUGGCAGUGAAAUGCUCACAUGGAAAAGGAUUUUCCCGACCUGCUAGACCAGCAAAUCGCCGUCUCCCGUCCAGGUGGGCAUCCAGAUCUCCAUCGGCACCCCCUGCCUUGCGGAGAGCUGUCCACAACUUUCCCAUUUCUCUGCGAUCAGAAGCAUCGAUGGUCUGA